AUGAACCAGAACAUGGACCUUUGCUUGAAUAAGGAAGAAUCUGAAAUGCUUCAUAGUGAGAGCACAAAUGAAGAUAAGAAAUACUAUAAGGAGUGGCAUACGGCUAAUAAAAUGGCAAAGAAUGUGAUUAGAACUACCAUGUCAGAUACAGAUAGAGGUAGUACUGAAGAACCUGAGGUAGCCAUGGAUUUCUUGUAUGUCAUUCAUUAUAUGUACAGAGAGAUUGAUAAGGUUGAGGCAGCUAGACUAUCAAAAGAAUUUAAUGAACUCAAGUAUAUUGGCACAGGGAAAGUGAGAGAGCAUAUCGUGAAGACCAUUGAGAUUAAUGCUCAGCUAAGGGACCUCCAGAUAGGGGUCAAUGAUGAUCUUGUAGUGGAUGCCGCAGUGCAUUCUUUGCCUAAAAGCUUUAGCCAACUCAGCACUAGCUACAAUGCUAGAAAGAAAAAUGGAGCCUUAAGGAGCUGCUUGCAAUCUGUGUGGAUGAGGAAGACAAGAUUAGAAAAGAGAGAAAGCCAAGCAGCUUAG